AUGAAGGCUAAGAAUGAUGAAACGGGUGCAACGAUCGGAACAGAUAAUGGUUUGAUUGGAUCGCCGGAAAUAAAAUGCAAUCCGGAAACGAUCGAAUUAGUAUUCAGGACCAAGCGAGAAUUUCGAGGUAAGAUAUUUGUGAAAGGUCACUAUAGCAAUCCAAAUUGUCGAGUUGAUUAUGGCAAGACAACCUUAGAUAGUAGAAAUUCAGUAGGUGGUAUUAUAUUAAGUCAUGGACAAUGUGAUAUGAAUCGACAACGAAUGAUUCAACCUGAAGGCAUGCAGUUUUCGACAAUUCUUGUUAUUAGUUUUCAUCCGUUAUUUAUUACAAAACUUGAUCGAGCUUUUCACAUCAGGUGCAUGUAUCGAGAGAUCGUACACGCAGUUUCUUCUGGAAUUGAAGUGAGUGCAAUAGCAACACAAACACUAGAAUACGAAUAUCCAUUUCCAAACUGCAUUUAUACGAUUCGCAAGGAUGAAAUCGACGGACCGAUAUUGAAAUACGCAAGAGUUGGUGAUCAAAUCGUUCAUCGAUGGGAAUGUCUAUCUGAUGUUUAUGGUUUGUUGGUUCAUAAUUGUUAUGUGGAGGAUGGACAAGGAGAAAAGCAAGUUAUUAUUGAUGGGAACGGGUGUCAUACAGACAGGGCAGUUUUGGGUGAUCCCACAUAUGUUGAGUCUCUGAACAUGGCAUAUCGAGAAUCGUUGGUAUUCAAAUUUGCUGAUCGGAUAAUCGUUCGAUUCCAAUGCCAAAUUCGUCUGUGCAUCAAGGAUGCUGGUGGCUGCAUCGGCAUUACUCCGCCGAUGUGUUUCGAUGAGAAAGAGAAAACGAACGAGCUAUUUGUAACAGCAGGUGAUUCAGCGGUUCACUCAAUAAAAGUGAGCAAUGUUACUGACGGUCAAUCGAAAAAGCGCCGUCUAAUGCGAUCGCCAGUAUCUGAAAGAUCAAAACACACGGUUGAUGCAGAUUUGAUAUCACAGUCUGUUUAUGUGUUAGAUGACGAUGAUGACAAUGCAGGUGAUGAAUUUCAUAAUUUUCGCGAGAAAUUGGUCUCUUCAAGUCGACCCUUCAGACGUGAACAAAGUGAUCAGAUAAGACAAAACAUACUGGAAGUGUGCGUGAGUAAUACAUUAUUCACACUGCUUAUAUGUAUUACGGUUGUUGCUCUUCUGGCUCUAACUACAAGUCAUCCGGAUAUGCUAUGA